CCCCUCCCAAACCCCCCAAUCAAACCCGCCAACGCCACAAUCCACAACGCAUGCCUCUUCCCCAUCUACCUAACGCCGGUCUCCUCGACGACGCCCCCGGAAACCUGUCUGCCCCAAAACACCACCUGGACGGAACCGUACCGCCACGACGCGCAGACCGGCAGGAUCAGCCUGAAGCUCACCACCGUCGCGAACGGGCUGUACACGGGCGCGCCGCAGACCAUCUUCGCGUACAACUACCUCGAGCGGCCGGGCCAGGUGUGGUUCGAUCUGUCGGAUGUGUUUGGGGAUCCGUUUAGGGGUUAUAGAGUUAGGUUGGGGCCGAUGGGGCCGAUGGGGCCGGUGGGGCCGGGGAGUGGGAAUGCGUCGGAGAUGAUUGUUUGGGAGGAUGGGGUGCCGCCCCGGGGUAGUCAGGUGAGGGUUGUGGGCGGGGAGGUCGGGGUGGGGUUGGGGGUUUGU